AUGUUGGCUGUUCUUUUUGGCUUGGAGAAGUUCCAUUAUUACGCCUACGGCCGGCCUGUUGUGGAAUCUGACCACAAACCGCUGGAGGCUAUCUUUCGAAAGCAUCUGUCAAGUACGCCACCUCGCAUCGCUAGGAUGAUGCUGCACAUACAGAAGUAUGAUGCACAAAUCAAAUAUGUCCCUGGAAAGGACAUACCUGUCGCUGACGCUCUUUCAAGAAUCAGCUCCUGCUCUGGUGAAGAUAUUCAAGGGCUAGAUGUAUCUGUACAUGAGGUCAAUCUUCAUCUUAAUGCAAGCCCAAUGCGAGUGCCCCACAUACAGGCAGAAACUGCGACUGAUGCAACCUUGUCAGCUCUGCGUGAGAUCAUAAUGCAUGGAUGGCCUGAAAAGAGAUCUGAUUGCCCUGCCUUUCUUCAUGCCUACUGGAACUAUCGCGAUGAGCUCACUGUGGCCAAUGGUCUGAUACUGAAGGGUACACGUAUUGUUAUCCCUAAGUCACUACAGCCUGAUGUUCUGCAACAGCUUCACUAUGCCCAUCAAGGUGCCGAGAAAUGCAAGCUUAGGGCGAGGGGGUCAGUAUUCUGGGCAAACAUCAAUCGUGAUAUUGAAGAGCUGGUUAAGAGCUGCCCCCCGUGUCAGCGUCACCAGAAAUUGAACGUCAAGGAACCCCUGCUGCCUCGUGAUGUGCCGCAGAAGCCGUGGCAUACUUUAGGCUCUGACAUAUUCUUCUGGAAUAAUGCUAACUACCUGGUAGUUGUCGAUUACUACAGCAAGUUCCCUGUGAUAAAGAAACUUUCCAACCUCCACUCGUCUACAGUCAUUGCACACCUGAAAUCUGUGUUUGAGGAACAUGGAAUUCCCAGCAAGCUUGUAACCGACAACGGCCCCCAAUAUGCAUCUGCUGCCUUUCAGGAGUUCAGUCACAAUUACGGAUUCACUCAUGUUACAUCCAGCCCACUGUAUCCGCAGUCUAAUGGCAUGAGCGAGAGGACUGUGCAAACUGUAAAAGAUCUUUUGCAGAAGUGCAAGGAAACUGGGCAGGAUCCCCAUUUGGCCAUGCUUUGUCUUCGUAGCACCCCACUAAGUUGUGAUUUGCCUUCACCUGCUGAAAUGCUGAAUGGCCGAGUAUAUCAGACAAACCUACCAGCUGUCUCCAAGCCCUCGUCAUCUGCAAAUGGCGACAUCAAUGUAAGGCUCCAACUCAGGCAGGAUAAGCAGAAGGUGCAAUACGACAAGGCAGCCCGACAGCCACUUCAACCCCUCUUCCCUGAAGAUCGUGUUCGCGUGCUCAACCCAGCUUCUAGAACCUGGGAGCCAGGCAUUGUCCGGGACGUGGCUGCCACCCCACGUUCCUACCUGGUGACGGCUGGCAGAGGUGGCACACUGAGAAGAAAUCGUCGUCAACUUCGUACCACCGGAGAGUCUUUUAAGAUCCAAGGUGUUCAGGUACCCGCUGAUGUUGAAGUUGAUGACCCCAUCUCCCAUGAAGCCGGAAGUGCUGGUAGUGCCUGCUCUUCGGCAGAGCCAACAGAGUUCGUGACUUCAAGCUCAAGCUCUACCCCAGAUCCAUCUCCCGUGUUGCCGCCUCGCCCUCCAGAUCCUUCUCCUAUGUUGCUGCCUCGUCGCUCCAGUAGGAGAGUCAAAGCUCCUGAUAGACUGAACUUAUAA